AGACAGAGCACAGCAGGAGGAGGAGCUACACAACUGAAUAUGAAAGGCUUCAUGUUGGAGCUGAAGAGCUGCUGUGUUCUCUCUAUUGUUCAUUCAGUACAAGUGAAAAUAAUGUUCCUGUUUCUCAUCUGGAUGAUGAUCGUCUCCUUUCAAACUGGAUCCUCUGAGGAUGUACUGACUCCAUUUAAAGAUGUAUUGAUGGCUUUGGAAGGAGACACUGUGACUCUCUCCUGCAACUAUUCAGGCUCUGCCGACUACCUCUUCUGGUACCAACAGAAGUCCAGUUCAUCUCCACAGCUUCUCAUAGCAGAAUAUACAGAGAAAGUGGAAAGACUGUCUUUCAAACAUGACAAACAGUCAAAGGAGUUUCAUCUGCAGAUCUCCUCUGCUGCAGUGACAGACUCUGCUGUGUACUACUGUGCUCUGCGGCCCACAGUGACAGGAAACAGCAAAACUCUGUACAAAAACCUUUGGAUUGAGGAUGUGCUCACCAGCGCCAUCACUGUGUGGCAUGGGAACUGCUCCCUGCAGGACAGGAAGGCCCUCCAACGUGUAAUAAAAACUGCACAAAACAUUUCUGGAGUGGCCUUCCCAUCGCUGCAGGACAUCUACACUAGUAGGGUCAUUAGGAGAGCCCACAAUAUCAUUAAAGGCCACACACACCCACAGCACACACUCUUCAUAAUGCUGCUGUCAGGGAGGCGCUACAGGAGCGUGAAGUCAAGGACCACAAGACUGACAAACAGUUUCUUUCCUCAGGCCAUCAGACUCCUGAACAACCAGAAACAAUGA